UCUGGAAAUACAGCAGCAGCUGUGCGAGGCAGGAAUUUUAUUGCGUAUGACCAAGAAUUUAUUAAAGUUUCAUCUAAUUUAUUAUAUUGUAGGUGGCAGAAAUAGCUGCGAAUGAAGUAACCAAGGUUGGAAUUUCAAAACUAGAAGCAGCAACAAAUAAUAAACCGAACCGUAGGCCGCGCAAUAGGCCGGGCAAUCAGGAGGAGCUCUCUGACAGCGGACACCGAAAACCGUCGUCCAAAAAGACGCUGUGCAUCUUCUCCCCACCCAAGGAGUUCUGCGUAGUUCAGAUGAAGGAUACCAGGCUGAAACCGCAGCAGGAGCUCAAUCCACCCGAUGUCGGUGUAGACGACGACGUUACCGUUGAAGGUGAUGCCGACAACGUUGCUAAUGAAGGUGUUGACGAUGACGUUACCGUUGAAGGUGUUGCCGGCGACGGUGACAAUAAAGGUGUUGACGACGACGUUACAGUUGAAGGUGUUGCCGGCGACGGUGACAAUAAAGGUGUUGACGAUGACGUUACCGUUGAAGGUGUUGCCGGCGACGGUGACAAUAAAGGUGUUGACGACGACGUUACCGUUGAAGGUGUUGCCGAUGACGCUGAUGAUAAUGCUGAUAAAAAUUAUUAUAUUGGGUAGACUAAAGGAUGUUUCACGUCAUCAAUAAUAUAAUAACAGAUUUGUUCCAUGCAUAAUAAACUUAAUAUUUCUGAUUAAA